AUGGCAAUCAUACCUACUAUCGGCACAGGCGUAUUCAUUGCUGCCGGCCAGGCACUCGCUGUGGGUGGUCCCGCUUCGCUGCUGAUCUCCUACGGAUUCAUCUCCAUCUUGGUCUACUGUAUGACAACAGCCGUCGGCGAAAUUUCAGCUCACAGGCCUGACCGCAACGGCACAUUAAUUCGUCACGGGUACAAAUAUGGAUCGCAGAGUCUCGGGUUUUCCAUGGGCUAUCUCCGCUGGUACUCCCUUGCAAUGAUGGUACCUUUCGAAAUAACCACAGCCACGGUCAAUAUCGGCCUGUGGACUCCUUCGCCAACUGUCGCAGUUCGGGUUAGUCUGAUGACGGCGGUUAUGAUCGGCUUCAAUCUUCUCCCUGAGAGAAUGUUCAGGAGAUCGGAAUCUGUAUUCACUGGGCUGAAACUGACAGUACUGUCUGGAUUGUUGAUCUUCUCGGUUGUUCUGACUUCAGGCGGCGUUCCAGCUAGCCCAGCCCGUGGUUUUGGUUACUGGUAUAACCCAGGAGCCUUCGCUGCGUACCUGACGGACGGCUCUCUGGGCCGGUUUCUCGGCGUGUUGCAAUGCCUGCUCCGUAGUACAAUUGCUUUUCUAUUUACGCCAGAGUUGAGUAUUAGUCGAGCUGAAGGAGCAGAGUCAUCUACACACUCGAACAUUUUAAGGAAGGCACAGUCUGAUAAUAUCCAACUUUCUGUUCUCUACCUUCUGGCCGUCCUCGCGAUUGGGGUCGUGUCGCCGUCGAACGAUCCUCUACUGACGAACAAUGGGACUGGUGCGGGAUUUUCUCCUUUUUUUCUGGCUAUCCAACAGGCACAAAUCGGCAUCCUGCCUAAUAUCGUUAGUCUAGCGAUCCUUGUCUCUUCAGUAUCUUCCGGGCGCUCUUUUCUUUUUGCGUCUUCACAACAGCUGUAUUCGCUGUCCGAAUCAGGCCAUGGUCCUGCGAUAUUCAAACGCCGCACCAAUUGGGGUGUGCCAUAUGUGGCCUUGGCAACUUCUUCGCUUUUUGCGGGGUUCGCAUUUUUGUCCAUGCUGACAUCCAGCUCCAUUGUCUUCAACUGGCUACUUCACUUCAUCACGACGUCCGGGUACCUUUCCUGGCUGUGUAGUUGCAUCGUCUAUUUGCGGUUUCGAAGGAUGACACACGUGCGAGAUGCCGCCCCUCGCCCUAAAGCUUGGAUCCAGCCCUACGGAGCAUACUUCGGUAUCCUGAUCUGUAUUUUGCUACCCCUUAUGAACGGGUUCAGCUUCGUCGUCCCUUCGAAUUUUAACGUGAGCCAGUUGGUCACUGCGUACAUGGGAAUUCCCGCGUUUCUUAUCUUGUACCUUGGACAUCAAUUGAUGUUGGGCAUAGGGCUCCGAGCCUACCAUCCAGAAGAUAUCAGCCUCGAGCCGGUGGAGGUUCGGGAAACCCAGGAGAAUCAGGAGGGCCAGGAGACUUCGGAAGCUACAGGUGAGGGUCCUUCGGGACAGGAACCGUGGUGGAAGAAGGCGAAGAGUUCAGCUGAAAGCCCGUUUCGACUUGGUCGGCAUGAAGCAGAAGGAUCAGAAGUUUAG